UGAAGAGGCUUUCGCCUCUCUCCUGGACCAGCAAACUUGCAGGAUGCGGCCCGGGGAUGGGAUAAGCCUGAGCUUUGCGUCGCAGCAGCGGAUCCGGCAGCUGGAGCAGAAGCUGCGCACAAAGCAAGAACGGAUCAUAGUGCUAGAAACAGAAAAUGCCCUUCUGCAUCUCAAGCUGGCAAAACUUCCCUGCGAGUACUUACCAGAAUAACGUGCUGGAGAAAUAUGAUGACUGCAGUGCUUCGAAGUCUUCACAUGUAUCUCUUCAGGAGCUUACAAUUUUAUCUCAGAUGAAACCAUUUGUGACAUGGACUGCCUGCAUCUUGAUACUUAGCUUGCAAGAAACAACCAUCAAAGGCAGGUUGCAGCUCUGGCGCACACCAAAGAGCACUGACUGGCCUAGCCAGAAAAGGAUGAAUCAAGGAAUUAUUGGGAAAAUCUCAGGCAAAGAAGCAAAUGAUAGCUUUGCUUAUUACAAGCAGCAGAGGUGUCAUGGAAGUGUCAGAUCCGUUAUAAUCCAGCUGCAUGAAGCCAUACAGAACUUAAAGCAAGAAGUGAAGAAUCUCCGUUUGUCUGCCCUCACAUUCUCCAGAGAUGUCCAGCAUCAGAGCAAAACUUACCUUGGUCAGAUUUUGGCUGCUGUCCAAAGGCUUCAGAUGCAUAAUGAGGCUAUGCAAACCUUUCAGACCAGAGCCUUUGAACUUGAGCAGUCCUUGCAUGAAGUAAACGAGCGAUACCAGAAAGAAAAACAAAGGAGAAAAGUACUUCAUAACAGUUUAAUUGAACUAAGGGGAAAUAUCAGAGUCCAUUGCAGGAUCCGCCCAUUGUUACCAUUUGAUACACCUCCUGGAGAGUCAGACUUAAAAGACAGGCAGAGAAACAUCCCAGAAAAUGUGGUGUGUGAAGCUGAUGAUGAAACCGUCUUUGUAAAAUGCAACCGUCCCGGUCAUGCUUUGAUAAACAAGACGUUCCAGUAUGAAAGAGUUUACAGUGCUUCUGAUUCUCAAGUGACAGUGUUUGCAGAUGUAGCCCCUUUGCUAACAUCUCUGUUGGAUGGGUACAAUGUGUGCAUUAUGGCUUACGGACAGACUGGAAGCGGGAAAACGCACACAAUGUUGGGUCCACAGUCUGAGAGUAAUUUCACUUUCUCCAUGGAAGACGAGCAAGACUUAGGAAUUAUACCUAGAGCUAGUGAAGAAGUAUUCAGACUCCUUUCAGAAAAGCCGCUAGGAAGCCAUUGGGUUGAGGUUUCUGUCGUGGAAGUAUAUAAUAAUGAAGUUUUUGAUCUUCUGGCCAAAGACAGCUAUGGAAGAAUGAGUGGUGUCAAAAGGGACAUAAUCACAAAUAAGGAAGGAAAAAGCGAUAUCCCACUCCUUACCCAUGAGCCUGUUGAAGAUGCUGUGGAGUUUUUGGAACUAGUUAAUAAGGGCUUACAACUGAGAGUCAAACAUCCGACACUUGUCCAUGCUCACUCCUCUCGUUCUCAUCUUGUGAUAACCUUGACAGUAACCACAAAGGCUGACUCAGAGGAUAACUUGGCAACUCCUUGGGCAGGUGACCGUUCGAGUCCAAAGAUGGGUAGAAAACAUUUCCUCACUUCUCCUUGCUCAGUGAAAGAUGACAAGCCUUCCCUUCCUUCUAGAGCUUCUUCUCCGACACUGUUUUUCAAUGAAUCUACAGAAAAACUUAAGCGAAUGAGAACGAAACUGCAGCUGGUGGAUUUGGCUGGCAGUGAAUGUGCUGGCAUGUCUGGUGUGACCGGGUCAGUCCUGAGAGAGACAUCCUUCAUUAACCGCAGCUUGUCUGCUUUGGCUGAUGUGCUUGGAGCCAUAUCAGAACAGCGCUCUCAUGUGCCAUAUAGAAACAGCAAACUUACCCAUUUACUUCAGGAUUCCAUAGGGGGUGAUGCGAAGUUGCUGGUGGUGCUGUGUGUCUCCCCCAGCCAAAAGUAUAUCACAGAGUCACUGCAAACCCUGGGGUUCGGAUCUCGUGCACGGCAAGUUCAGAGAGGGCAUGCAAAGAAAAGAAACCAACCAGCGCUGAGCAAGUCCAAAUAAGAAACACGACUCCUGUGGAUUGAAGCAUUAUUAAUGAGUUCCUCAGACUGAAAUGUAUCUUGUUGUCAUAAAGCUGAAAACUGCCAGUUAAAAUAAGCACUCCAUAUUGGCAAGCCCUAAAAUUGCUUGGCAGUGUGUCUUUGUUCCAAGAAUAAUUGCAUGAGUUAACAAACAGCUACCACUAAGGGUAGAUGAGCAUGUCUAUCAUUCCUUUUUUGGGAGAGCAGUGGGAUGAUAAUGUUUUACAAGGCAAAUCAUUUUGGAAUAGCAAAACAAGGGCAGAACCCCCCACGGCUGAAAUCUCUGUUACUUAGUGCUGCUAGCUAACAGAGCAGAGCGACAAGAGAAUGCCAGACACAUUGCGGUGCACAGUGGGUGGCAUCUACCAUGAAGAAUUCAAUCAGGCUAGCUGCUACAACUCCUAGAUCUCUUUCCUGCUCAGCACCUUCCUGUUUGGACCCCAAAUGUAUAUAUGUGAAGUUGGGAUUUUUUGUCUCUGUGUACACUUGAAAAUUGCUUAUGCUGAAUCACACCUGCCAUUCUAAUUACAAUUCACCCAGGUUGGAGAUAUCCUUUUGGAGCUCCUCACAAUGUCUUUUUGUUUUAAACACCCCAAACAGAUUGAUAUUAUCAGCAAACUUGGUUACUUCACUGCUCACUGCCAAUGCAAGUAAGGAAAUCUGUUGUGUAAUUUCCCUUGGCAGUGAGCACAGGGGAGUAAACAUUUGCUUGGAUAUUUUUAUUAAGGAGAAAACACUUAAUUAAAAUUCACCUUCAGAAGAGAGAAUAUUCCUGCUCAGAGCUUUACAACAUAUCAGAGUCUCAAGUGAUUUUUAAAAAUAUUUUGGUCACAAAAUAAAUUGGCUGUAAUUUC